UAUCCGAAGAAGAGCAGACUAUGAUUUGCACUUGUAAAACCCGUAAUUCGCAACUUGUGAAUGCGCAUCUCAGAGUUUGUAAGUGUAACUUCAGAUCCACACAUCUGCAAAAAGCAAACUGCAAGCAUAUUUCACAACUUGUGAAAGCGCAUCUUCGAAUUUGCACUUGUAACUUCAGAUCUGCAAAGCUGCACAACAGGAUUUGCAUGUGCAGGUUCCUAUUUGCUCGCUCAGUUGCGUCAUCCUUCUCACGUGAUUUUUGGCACGAUUCACUCGGAUGGAUUUGAAGGAAACGAUUUGCGCGCAGAGACCAGGAAUGCCUGUUCUACCACUUUUGUCCAGGAGGUGGCAGUGUGGUUAUUGGCCAUGCAAAGUCGUAUAUAGGGAUAAUAUCUCAAUAAACGGCUCUGUGGCCAUGAAUCUUGGUCUGCGACACGGCGCCACGAAAGCAUGGAGGGAAGAGGUGUUCAACAACGUGUCAGUAUACGGGAUGCAGCACAGAACCUCCUCUCUGUCUUGCAACCUAUUGUCCAGCAAUUGCCAGAUGAACCUGUGGGAACAUCUCAACCGCAAAGUAACCUAACUGCAGGGCAACAGCCUACAGUUCAUCAGGAAAUGGCCAGGUCAUUUCCUGGAUUGUUCCAGAGAGGUCAAAGAGGUAGAAAGAGGCCAUAUGUUGGAGUAAGGCAAAAUGUCUCGGUCUCCAAGACAUGCUCUUUUAUUUUUUACCUGCUUCCAAAGACCAUGAGCCGCACACCACAGCCGUCUGAUGAAGUAUCCUAUUUGAUGUCAGGGCUUGGCCGGAGGAAUGUUUCUAUGUCAGAGGACAGUGACCAUACCCAGAUCACAUCACUUCUAACCCAAGAGUUUCCCAAAAUGGGGAAUUUAACUGGGGGAUGGCUCCUCUACAAAGCCUCAGGAGGCACUGGACAACGCAAGCUAAGCUUGCUUCCACCCGAAGCAGAGGGGUACUCUGCCAGACAGUUAAAAAUUGCUUCUAACAAUGGCAAAAACACACUAUUCAUUAUGCCUCUGCAAGAAGAACUUGAUACAACUCCCCUCCCACAAGAUGACAGUUUCUUUUCAAAAAUGCCGAAAAGUGACUGUAAAAAAUGUGGGUCAAGAAUGCCGGUGCAUGUUCUGCUAGUCCACCUGGAGAAAUGUCAAGGGACACUACAGGACUCUGAAGCAUGUGAUGAGAUCCCAGAGGACAAUGCAACAUGUCCAGUGUGUUCAUGUGUAUUCUCCUCUGCCACAAUUGAAAUGCAUGCCAGCAUGUGUGGUGAGAGGGACAUUGAUCCAUCAGAUGGCACAGUUGGAGGCCCUAGAAGGUCCAUCCAGAAGUUUCUCAGUAGCAGCACCCACUGAUUCUACUACAGAUGAGUGGCAAGUAGCCUUGGACCCUGCUAAAGCUGCCAUACUGUUCAGAGAGGCUCUUCUCAAAACGCAUGACUCUGGACCUCCACUGUGUUUAAGGAUGGAUUUAAGAGAGAGCCCAGAAGACCAGGACAGGACAAUUGUUGCAUUCUAUAAAGCACACCAAAAAAACUGGGCAGGUCCAUUGAAUUGCAAAUUGGAGGGGGACACUGCUAUUGGAGAGGGGGUGACCCGUUUCUUCUCCAUCUGCAUGCAAAAGCUGAGAUCAGGCUUUUCUUUGAACUGUGGAAAUGCCAAUAUCACUCAGCUUUUUGAGGGUGAGCCAGACUACUUGGUUCCUUCGUCAUCACUGCUCGUUGACAGCGACCUUUUCCAGAUGGCUGGAAGGAUGCUGGGACAUAGUUUUCUCCAUGGUGGCCCAGGUUUUGUGGGAAUGAGCCAGGCAAUACUACACGUCCUCCUUGGCGGAAGCCCUGACGUGGCA